AUGCGUUCGUUGAACCUCGGUACAAAGCACGCCCACUGCAGCUCCUGGAGCGAUUACAGCGAUUUGUACGAACGGUCGAUCAAGGACCCGGUCGGUUUCUGGUCAGAGUUGGCACAACAGCUGUACCUGGAGAAGCCAUGGGAUGAGGGUCGCUUCCUGGAAUACAACUUCGACAUCCGCAAAGGUCCGGUGUUCGUGCGUUGGAUGAGCGGUGCUUUGUCCAACGUCUGCUACAACGUUUUGGACCGACACGUGAAAAACGGUUACGGUGACAAGGUGGCUUUCUACUGGGAAGGAAAUGACCCGAAUGAUUCACAGCAAAGGACGUAUCAAGAAUUGUUGGAUGACGUAUGCCGAUUCGCCAACGUUCUGAAAAGCAAAAAUGUGAAGAAAGGUGAUCGAGUUGCGAUCUACCUGCCCGUAAUUCUGCAACUUCCCGUGGUGAUGCUCGCCUGUGCUCGUCUGGACGCAAAUGCGGAAGUCCUGGUAACAGCGGACGGUGCUUGGCGCGGCUCCAAACUCAUAAACUUGAAAAAAAUCGCUGACCAUGCGUUAGUGAUUUGUCGUAAACAGUACGUUUAAUU